UCUCCCAUGGCAGACAUGCGGCUGACCCUGCUGUUUGCCUUGUGCCAGCUGCCGGGCUCCCUGGCCCUGCCACUGCGCCAGGAGGCAGGGGGGCUGGGCCAGCUGCAGUGGGAGCAGGCGGAGAAUUAUCUUGAGAGAUUUUAUGUUCAUAACUCAAAAAGGAAAGAAGCCAAUACAUUUGAAACCAAACUCAAGGAGAUGCAACGAUUCUUUGGCCUGCCCGUAACUGGAAAGCUAAACUCACGCGUCAUAGAGAUAAUGCAGAAGCCCAGGUGUGGAGUGCCAGAUGUUGCAGAAUUCUCGCUGUCUCCAGGUCCGUCAAAAUGGCCUUUCAAUAUAAUCAGUUACAGGAUAGUGUCAUACACUUCAGACUUGCCCCAGGAUGUAGUGGAUGAAAUAGUGGCAAAAGCUCUCAGUUUGUGGAGUGAGAAGACACCACUCAAGUUCUACAGAGUGAAAUCUGGAAUUGCGGACAUCAUGAUCAGCUUUGCCAGAGGCGUGCAUGGAGACUUCUACCCAUUUGAUGGACCAGGAAACACCCUGGCCCAUGCCUUUGCACCUGGACUAGGCCUGGGAGGAGAUGCUCACUUUGACAAGGAUGAACAUUGGACUGACAGCAGCAGCAGUCUAGGAAUUAACUUCCUAUAUGCUGCAACUCAUGAACUUGGCCAUUCUUUGGGCUUGGGUCAUUCCUCUGAUUUUGAUGCUGUGAUGUACCCAACCUAUAAAACGGAAGAGAAACAAGAUUUCAAACUUGCACCGGAUGACAUCAAAGGCAUUCAGAAAUUAUAUGGAAAGAGAUGAUUCGAGCAUGUUAGACAUUCCAGGGAGAUUUCAUCUGGUUCCAUAUCAGUAAUCCCCAAGCAGAAUGAACAGAUGCUCUUCCUGUACUCCACUCUGUGAGGACUUCAUUCUCACUGGCACUGUGGUUGAGUUUCACACACUUCCCACCCACCUUUGAGGAUUACCUCCUUUACACAGUGACACCAGUCCUCAGACAACAAGCAGUUGGUAGAUGUUAGUUAUUGUUAUGUUAACAAAUAAUUAAAUUUUUAUCCCAAAUUACUUAUACUUGGGAGAAGUUCUGUUCUAUGGCAAGGGAAGAUAUACUAUACAAUGAAAUUUAAAAACAAAAACAAAAACAGGCUUCUCUCUCCAGAUGGCAAAAGAACAUGCUGAGCUGAGACAAUGGAAUCUGUUAUCAAGCAUUGCUGAAUAGCCCCUAAGGUUCUCAGCUGGGGCUAAAAAAAUGAAAUUAUAUUUAUAAAGUAUUUGAUUUAUACUUAGUGUUCCUUCCACCUCUAUUCCUGUACUGUUUAGUAGGAAAGAAAAACCAGUGUGAGAUUAAUGUAACAUUGGCUGGUUUUGACACUUGUUUGUGGAAAGGAUUGUCAUAUUUAGUAAAUAAAAACACCUGUUUGCCAAGGCCAAGAUACUAUGCAUG